UCUUUUAGAGGAGUCUGAACCGGGACAAAACCCGCCGAGACCGACAGACACAAAGCCGGGGGGUCCACGCUGGCGCUGGAGGCGAGCCCCGGCGGCCGCGAGCGAGCCCGAGGCGCUGCUGGGCGCGGGGCGCGGGGGCGCUAGCGGGCGCGGGCCGAGCCGGGGCCGGGCACCUCGGCCGCUCGGGCCGCGGCGGCGGGGACCAUGCCGAGGAAAGUCUCCUGAGCCCGGCAACUUCGGCCCCUCCCCGCCCCCACCCGGGCUGCCCUCCGCGCGGCCCUUCCCAUGUGCAGCCGGGCGGCCGGGCUCUCCUCCUCGCAGGCGGAUGGGUGACCUUUUCCUGGCACGGGCAGGCUGUGCGAGGCGGCGGAGCAGGCGAUGAAGAAGAAGCAGCAGCAUCCCGGCGGCGGCGCGGAUCCCUGGCCCCAUGGGGCCCCUCUGGGGGGCGCCCCUCCAGGCCUGGGCAGCUGGAAGCGCCGGGUCUCCCUGCUGCCUUUCCUGCGCUUCUCCCUCCGGGACUACGGCUUCUGCAUGGCCACCCUGCUGGUCUUCUGCCUGGGCUCCCUCUUCUAUCAGCUCAGCGGCGGACCCCCUCGCUUCCUGCUCGACCUGCGGCAGUAUUUGGGAAAUUCCACUUACUUGGAUGAUCAUGGACCGCCUCCUAGUAAGGUGCUACCUUUCCCCAGCCAGGUGGUGUACAACAGAGUAGGCAAGUGUGGGAGUCGUACUGUGGUCUUGCUUCUGAGAAUCUUGUCGGAAAAGCACGGAUUCAAUUUGGUCACGUCAGACAUUCACAACAAAACCAGGCUUACUAAAAACGAACAAAUGGAACUGAUUAAAAAUAUAAGUACUGCCGAACAGCCCUAUUUAUUCACUCGACAUGUUCAUUUCCUCAACUUCUCAAGGUUUGGAGGAGACCAGCCUGUCUAUAUCAACAUCAUUAGAGACCCCGUCAGCCGGUUUUUAUCUAACUAUUUUUUCCGUCGAUUUGGAGACUGGAGAGGGGAACAGAAUCACAUGAUCCGCACCCCCAGCAUGAGGCAGGAGGAGCGCUACCUGGAUAUCAAUGAGUGCAUUCUUGAGAACUAUCCUGAGUGUUCCAACCCCAGAUUAUUUUACAUCAUUCCAUAUUUUUGUGGACAGCAUCCCAGAUGCAGGGAGCCUGGCGAGUGGGCCCUUCAAAGAGCAAAACUGAACGUGAAUGAAAACUUCCUGCUUGUGGGAAUUCUCGAAGAGCUGGAAGACGUGCUGCUUUUACUGGAAAGAUUUUUACCUCAUUACUUCAAGGGUGUGCUCAGUAUCUACAAAGACCCAGAGCAUAGGAAGCUUGGAAAUAUGACUGUGACCGUGAAGAAGACUGUCCCCUCCCCCGAGGCCGUGCAGAUUCUCUACCAGCGAAUGAGAUACGAGUAUGAGUUCUACCACUAUGUCAAAGAGCAGUUCCACCUGCUGAAGCGCAAGUUUGGACUGAAGUCCCACGUCAGCAGCCCCCCUCUGAGACCCCAGUUCUUUAUUCCAACUCCACCAGAAACCGAGGAGCCAAUCGAUGAUGAGGACCAAGAUGACGAGAAGUGGCUAGAAGAUAUUUAUAAGAGGUGAUGCCAGCAGUGUGUUGCCUCCACUGGCCAUGUCUCCCUUUUCCAGAAAGUUCUUUUGUCCGGGGGGAAAUCCUUAAGGGACUAAAUGGAUGCUCAGCUGCAUUAAAAAGAGCAAAACAUUCCCACAUGUUGGGGUCACGGGAAGAUGCCCGGUUUUGCGGGUCUUACCUGUCUAGCGGCGUUGUGUCUUCCUGGCCCUUGGGUCCUUUCCCAGGUACACUAGAUGGCACCAUCACGGGGCAUCCCAUCAUAACAUAGCUAUUCCCUCUAGCAUAAUGAGAGGAGGGGGAGAAAUAGAGCCCAUAGCCCAGUAACUUAUCAUUUGUAAAAUGACUUGUAAAAAUAUUACCUCAGUGGUAGGAAACAUCCAGACAUACCUAUUUCAGUAGAAAUACAAAACCACUUCAGAGACCAGCGAAUCCACUCUAGAAGGAUCUAAGAGGAGAAAAGAUAAGACUGGUAAGGACCUCAAAAGGGAGGAUGCCCCUGGAUGAGUAGUUUCCACCCCCAUGGGUAGAAUUCCGCCUCUGGUCCAUCUCAGAGGACACUUUCACCAAGAGCAGUGUACUUAUCUCUGAAAGAACGAGUCAGCUGGGGCCACAUUCAACCCAUCCAGAGCCUUGAAUACCUUUCAAGGU